AUGACAAGCUCUCUUUGCAGUGUUACCUCAUCCUUGGUCAUUCUAGAAGCAACAUCUUCUGUUACAAAAAUUUAGGAACUACAUCAGAAAUUAGAGUGCUGUUUGCAUAGACUACAUCUUUGGACUACUGCCUGCCACAACAUCCAGGGUGAUCACAAUGAGCAUUAGUGAAGACGAUGUGGAGAAGUUUCUUGAUGGCAACCCUGCUUUUGCCAAGCAAUACUUUGAGAAGAAACUAAGAACAGAGUCCUGGGAUAGCAAUGAGAGUGAAAUACUUUUUGAGUUGAUCCAAGACAUGCAAGAAAGCAUCAACAUGGAGAAAGUUGUUUUCAAGACCUUGAGAAGAAUCAGGUCCCUUAUUCACGCUGACCGCUGUAGUCUUUUCAUGUACAGGCAGAGAAAUGGCACUCCUGAACUGGCAACAAGACUUUUCAACAUCCAAGAGGGAAGCACCCUAGAGGAAUGCCUGGUAUCCCCAGACUGUGAGAUCGUCUAUCCGUUGGACAUAGGCAUUGUGGGCUACGUUGCGCAAACCAAGAAAACCAUGAACAUCAAGGAUGUCAGUGAGUGUGCCCAGUUCAGUCCAUUUGUUGAUGAGCUCACCGACUAUACUACGAAAAGCAUCCUUGCGACACCCAUCUUGAAUGGCAAAGAUUUAGUUGCUGUUAUUUUGGCUAUUAAUAAGCUGAACGGCCCAUACUUCACCAGCUCUGAUGAAACACUUUUCCUGAAGUACCUGAAUUUUGCCUCCUUGAACUUGAAAAUUUAUCACUUGAGUUAUCUUCACAAUUGUGAGACUCGAAGAGGGCAGGUGCUGUUGUGGUCGGCUAAUAAGGUUUUCGAGGAGCUGACAGACAUUGAGAGGCAGUUCCACAAGGCUUUUUACACGGUGAGAGCAUAUCUGAACUGUGACCGGUACUCAGUAGGUCUCCUGGACAUGACAAAGCAGAAG